AGUAAAAUCAGUCAGAUAUAUUGACACUUGCAGUAUUAUAAACUCUGCUCUGAAAUUUGUGAAAAGUAUAGUGCCAUAUAUUUUAUUUCACUGCAUUUUAUCAGCAUGUCAGUUCAAGCAUCUGAAGCAUUGGGCAUUAGCUUUCAAGGCAAAGCCGCCACGUGGGACAAUGCGGAGCAAGUCAAGGAUGUGCUGGAUGCGCUCAAUCGCGAGUCCAGGGUGCACUAUCUGAAUUUAGAGGGCAAUACGUUGGGUGUGGAGGGGGCAAAGGCUAUAGGCGAGGCACUUAAGCGGCAUCCGGAGUUGCGCAAGGCGUUCUGGCAAAAUUUAUUUACGUGCCGUCUAAAGACUGAAACACCAUUGGCACUAAAGCAUCUUGGCGCGGGAUUGAUUGCAGCCAAAGCCAAACUAACAGUGCUGAAUUUGAGUAAUAACGCGCUGGGUCCGAAUGGCAUGUGCGGCUUGGAAGGCUUGCUGCGCUCUCCCGUCUGCUAUUCGCUGCAGGAGCUUUAUGUGAAAAACUGCGGCCUGGGCUCUGAGGGUGGCCGCAUGCUGGCCAAGGCCAUGCUGGAUCUGCAUGCUAAUGCCAAAAAGGCGGGCACAGCGCUGCAGCUGCGUGUUUUUGCUGCCGGAUGUAAUCGCCUCGAGAAUUUGGGUGCUACGGCUAUAUCAAAACUAUUCCAGAGACUCCAAACGCUGGAGGAAAUUUACAUGCAACAGAAUUCAAUAUAUUACAAAGGAAUUGCUGAGCUGGCCAAGGGCUUCAAACUGAAUCGGCAACUACGUGUGCUCAACCUAAAUGACAACACACUAACCUACAAUGGUGCUAGCGCCAUGGCCGCAGUCUUUGAGCAUACGCCACAUUUGCGUGUGCUUAACUUAGGUGAUUGCAUUAUUAGAUCAAACGGCGCUUAUCUAAUUAGUGAGGCCUUGGAGGAGCAUCACGAACAGCUAGAAGUGCUCGAUUUGAGCUUUAACGAAAUCAACCAUGAGGCUGGGCUAAUGUUAGUGACGGCCGUAGUAAACAAAUCCAAUUUACGGCUGCUAAACUUGGAUGGCAACAACUUUGGUUCGAAGGGCUGUGAGCUGAUCAUUGCCGAAAUGAAAAAGACUGCAAAUCCAACUGCACUGCAACCCUUUGAAGCGGAUGAUUCCGAUGAGGCCAUCGGCGAUGAUGAAAGCAGCAAAGAGGACGUCGAUGAUGCUGAACAGGAAAGCGGUGAUUCUAGAGAAUACGACACUUUGCUCGAGGUUGACGAUUACAUUGAUGAACUUGCUGCUUCCCCUACGUUUCCUGCUUGUCACACUGAGAAAAUAGAAGAUACUAUAGAAGAGUUUGACCAAGAGGAAGACUAUAAAAAGUCUGCAGAGGAGGCUAAUUAUGUUACCAAGUGGAAUUUCGACAGCUUGGGCAUAUACGAGAUCACAAGUGAUGAAUCUGACGAGACCAUUGCCGAUGCCAACGUGGACAAAUCGGCUGAAGAGCUUGUCUUAAGUCUUGAGCCCUGCAGCUUGCAACAACAAGCUGCUUGCGACAACAAGCUGCAUGAACUAAUGGCUGUCAUUGAUCAAUUUGAUAAUGACAAUCACUUGCUCUUGCUUGUAUUUACCACACUGAAGUGCGCUCAUCAUUCCAAGUCAUCCAAGCCUGCUUUGGAUUUGGCUGUCUCCUUGUACAAAGCUACAUUUGAAUAUGCAAUCAAAACCAAACAGGAGCAACGUGUGCUCGACUAUGUGCUCAAGCAACUUUGUCUUCUACGCAGUGAAGAGCCUUUCAAAUCGCCAUAUGAUAUGACAAAUUGUCGCUAUGCUCUGCGUGAGGCAAUAUCCCAAACUGAUUUUGCUAAUGAUAAUAUAAAGAAUACAUUGAAAGCAUUUAUGGAUCAACUUGCUGCUUAGCGUGACUUUGACAA